CUGGCGAGCUGACGAGCGCUCGCAGCAUCGGAGGGGUCGCGCUGCAAAGGCGGGUAACGGACCGAGGGGAGCCCGGGAGCGGAGUUGGACAUCCCCGGAGGGAAGAAAUGAGGUAGCGACCAUCCCCGGAGCCGACCAUGCGCACGCCCUGCCUUUGGAGCCCCGCGCUGCCCUGGCCGAGCCAGCCGGGACUGUGAGCCGGCCGAGCCCAAGUCCCCUGCGUCCGGUCGGAGCCAAGAUGCAGUGAGCUACGGCGGGACUGCUGCGCGGGGCCCGCCGCGGCCAGCCGGACCCACCAUCUGACCGCACUUGGGGCAAGCAGCUGAUUCUGGGACCAGCUCAGCGGAGUGGCAGUCUGCCUCCAGCACCCCUUGACGGUGGGGAGCACUGGUCCCGGGGCUCACUCCCUGUUGAGUUUCCGAGGUUUCCGGCCCCAGCCCUGGGAAUUGUGUGUGUAUGAGAGGGGCCCUUUACACAUUCGCCGAGGAGUUCCUGCUAUUUUCGCACUAUCUCGGCUGUUUUUGCUUGGGGUCCUUCUAUUUAUUUGCAGACGUGCAUCUUUUUUAAAAGAUAUUUUUCGCUCCACUCUCGUUCUUUUCCUCGUUUUGCUUGCCUAAGAUCUUUGCCUCCGUGCUUGCCCAGGCUGGGGUAAAUCCUGUGUGCGCUUUUUCCACACUCGUAAGUGAUUAUUUUCUUCCCUUAAAAAAAAAAAUUCUACCCCUAACCCCCGCAGGGUUCCAGAGCACUACACCCCUCUCCCACCUCCCACUCCCUGCAACUGGGCCAGUCCCAGAGACUUUUAUUUUUUGGUCUUGCCCGGACCGAGCCUGGCCUAGGCGGGUGGCUCAGCGGGGCUCGCACUCCGCGCUCCGCCACCACCGCCGCCGCCCAACUGCGCGGGGGCGCCCUCCGGAGAUGCUGCCGUGGAAGAAACACAAGUUUGAGCUGCUGGCCGAGGCGCCGCCAAGGCAGGCGUCCAAGCCCAAGGGCUACGCGGUGAGCCUGCACUACUCAGCGCUCAGCUCGCUGGCGCGGGCGUGCCCCGAAGGUGCGCUUAGCCGGGUGGGCAGCAUGUUCCGUUCCAAGCGCAAGAAGCUGCACAUCACCAGCGAGGACCCCACUUACACCGUGCUGUACCUGGGCAAUGCCACCACCAUCCAAGCGCGCGGCGACGGCUGCACUGACCUAGCGGUGGGCAAGAUCUGGAGCAAGAGCGAGGCGGGCCGUCAGGGUACCAAGAUGAAGCUGACUGUGAGUGCGCAGGGUAUCCGCAUGGUGCACGCCGAAGAGCGCGCGUUGCGCCGGCCGGGCCACCUCUACCUGCUGCACCGCGUCACCUACUGCGUGGCGGACGCGCGGCUGCCCAAGGUCUUCGCCUGGGUGUACCGGCACGAGCUCAAGCACAAGGCGGUAAUGCUGCGCUGUCACGCGGUGCUGGUGUCCAAGCCCGAGAAGGCGCAGGCUAUGGCCCUACUGCUCUACCAAACGUCGGCCAACGCACUGGCGGAAUUUAAACGGCUCAAGCGGCGGGACGACGCGCGUCACCAGCAGCAGGAGCUGGUGGGCGCACACACCAUCCCGCUAGUGCCGCUGCGCAAGCUGCUCCUGCACGGACCUUGCUGCUACAAGCCGCCGGUGGAGCGCAGCCGCAGCGCUCCCAAGCUCGGCUCCAUCACUGAGGACCUGGUCGGCGAACAGCAGGAGCAGGAGCUGCAGGAAGAGGAAGACGAGCACACCGAGGGCUACCUGGAGGAGGAGGUGGAGGAGGAGGAGGAGGAGGAUCGUGCCCGGGAGGGGGACCCGGCAGAGGAAGAGGCCGAGGCUCAGCGGGCGCUGGUGGUGGCCAUGCACUUCGAAUGUGGAGACUUACUGGACACGUUGGAGAGUGGCCGGGAGGAGGCGCUGGGGGACAGUGGGGUCUCGCUGGGCCCCGGGGCUGGGCCGCCGCCUUUGCUGCUGGGCAGCUCCUCCGACGUAAAGGCCGAGCUGUCGCAGCUUAUUAACGACCUGGGCGAGCUCAGCUUCGGCAACGACGUUCGAAGCCUGCAGGCCGACAUGAGGGUGACGCGCCUGCUGUCUGGUGAGAGCACCGGCAGCGAGAGCUCCAUAGAAGGCGGGGGCCCAGACGCCACCUCCACCACCGCCGGGGACCCGUCCGGCCCUACGGACCGCGCCAGCCCUGACGAGCCGCGCUCGGGCUGAGCUCCACUCAACCUGCGUCCGCCUUGGUGCCCCACCGUGACUCCCCACCAGUCUUCUCGACUGCUUCCUUACCUAACCCUGACCUCCGCUCGCACCCAGGAAAGGGCCAGUGGGACACGUGAAGCCCAGAGUUCCCCCUGCCCCUCUCCCUCGACACAUUUGGCUGUGUUUUAAGUGGAGCUCAGGUUGCAGGUCGAGAUGUGGGGGUGGGGUGGGGAAAGCCUACAAGGAGGAGAGACGCAGCCCCUUGGGGUCAGGGGUGAGGGAAAUGCCGGCUGAAGUUAGUAAAGUCCCGCAGGCGUCAGGUGCCUGCCGGCCAGUUUCCUGUUUGUGGGGCAGCUGGGGCCUCAGAAGGAGGGGUUAACUUCCUCCCCACCCCUCUAACUGGGAGCAGCCUAGCAUUGUCAUUGGCAAGUCAUUUAAAAGAAAAAGGAAUUUACUCUCACAAUGUUUGAGGCUUUGUGCCGCCUCCUUGCCCCCAAGUGUUUUGGUGUGAGAGCUCGGGUUGUUUACCUCAGACUAAGACCCUUGAAAUUCUGCCAAAUUCUUCGAAUAAUUGUUUGGAGGAGGGGGAAAGGGAAAUGAAAGAAAGUUGCAUUUUGUUUACAGUUAAAGACAUGUAAUAUCUAAAAAUAAAAAAACAGUUUUCUUUAGAAACACACACACACCUUCAUCCUGCUCAAAAGAUCUCACUCCAUGAUACUGUGUAAAAUAUUUUUGCACUGUUGUGAAGUAUUUUUGACAUCUUUUUUUGUACAUAACUGUUCUCAGAGCUGGAUGUUUAUAUCUUUUGCUGUGCAAAAGGGACAUGUAAAAUGUUGUCAAGUUGUAUAUACAGAAAUAUGUAUAAAACAUUUUGUUAUUUUUGAAGAGGAGCACUGCUCUGGUUUUGUCUGCUGCCCAGUGGGGAGAAAAUAAAGAGGAAAAUUGAACAGAACAGGUG